UGACGACCAACAGCAAAAUGAACCACCAGCGACAACCACCGCUCACAGAAUAUCGAGAUGCCAAUGAUCUUGUGGAGUCACUUUCCACCGGGAUUAAACAGAUGGCCAUGUUCUUGACACGGUUUGAAUCGCACUCCAGAACCCACUUGUCAUCCCUAUCGGAGAAACUUUCCGCAACAGAGCGGAGAUUGGCAGUUUUGGAAGCCAAGACCAAAAGCUCCACUACAACCCCCGCAGCUGGCCUUCAUUCUUCAGACGCCUCGCCUCACGAAAGCUACGCAGUACUUUCACCGGUUCCGCAGGGGUCAAGUCAACAACCAGGUGAUAGAGUGAGUGCGGCACCAGUAGGUGGAGAACCAACUCAGACAGCGUGAAAGAAACUAGCAACAUGUAGAAUAAUGACAUAAAAAGAGCUAAAAGAACGACUUCAAAAGCAUUUAUACAUCAGAAGCAAUAAUAAAUGACAGACAGAAA